UACAGUGAGUGAGUGCAUGACAGGCAGCAGUGUUGAGUGUUGAGUGUUGACCCACCAUACGCCCACUGAUGACGCUUCAAUAACUACACUUGACGACUUCUCUUUCAUCAUAACAUGUCGUCGGACAAUCUUAUUAAUUAUUACGAACCACUAGUAACACAUACACAAACAAUUGCCAUUGCCAUUGCCAUUGGCAGCUGUCACCAGCCCAUCUUCUUCCCUUAUUAUACCUUCUCAUUCCCAAACCUAAAAUCCCUAAAAGCACAACACUCACUGCAACUGCAACUACACCUUACUCACUCGUAGCCCACAUUUUACAGUACUGCCCAAACAAACAAACAAUCAAAUCUCCCCCUCCACCCCAACCCCAUUGCCCCUUCCAUAGACAAAUAAUUAAGUAUGUUGUUUCAUAUCCAGCUAUUCUUCUUCUUCUUCGAUCUAGCCCUCUCCACCCCUCACCACCACCACCGCUCAUCCACCCUCACGUUGCAAUCCGGCGGCGGCCAUGGCGGAAUUGAUACCAACAACCACACUACCCCUUCCUCCGUCGAAUACUUCAACCCGCAGCUGCCGCCCAAAUCACUCGCCGCCUCCAAGAAAUUCGAGGGCUCCUCCAAUCUAGUCGAUCUCCGGUACCACAUGGGCCCCGUUUUGUCCUCUCCGAUCAACGUCUACCUCAUCUGGUACGGAAACUGGCCCUCCGCCCACCAGCAAUUAAUCAAGGAUUUCCUCCUCUCCAUCUCCAUCUCCGCCGCCGCCCCCUCCCCUUCCGUCGCCGACUGGUGGCGCACCGCCUCCCUCUACACCGACCAGACCGGCGCCAACAUCUCCCGCUCCGUCCUCAUCGCCGGCGAGUACUCGGACCGCGCCUACUCCCACGGCGCCGCCCUGACCCGCCUCUCCAUCCAGGAAGUCAUCGCCACCGCCGUCAGAUCCAAGCCCUUCCCUGUCGACCACAAGAACGGGAUCUACCUCAUCCUCACCGCCACCGACGUCACCGUCCAGGACUUCUGCCGCGCCGUCUGCGGCUUCCACUACUUUACAUUCGCGUCCAAGGUGGGCUACACGCUGCCCUACGCCUGGGUCGGCAACUCCGGGAAGCAGUGCCCGGAGGUCUGCGCGUACCCUUUCGCGGUGCCGGGAUACAUGGCGGGCAGCAGCGGCGGGCCGGCGCCGCUGAGGCCGCCGAACGGCGAUGUGGGCGUCGACGGGAUGAUUAGCGUGAUAGGGCACGAAUUGGCGGAGAUGUCGUCGAAUCCGCUGGUGAACGCGUGGUACGCCGGCGAGGAUCCGACGGCGCCGACGGAAAUUGGGGACCUGUGCGAAGGGCUGUACGGCACCGGCGGCGGCGGCGGGUACAUAGGGCAGGUGAUGAGGGACGGCCAUGGGAGGACCUUUAACAUGAAUGGGCGCAAUGGCAGGAAGUUCCUCGUCCAGUGGCUUUGGAGUCCUCUCCUCAAAGCCUGCGCAGGACCUAAUGCCCUAGACUAGCGUAGGGUAUACGGACCCUGCCUCAUUUUCUUACACGCUCAACUCCUACUUUCCUUAAUUUUCUUACAAACACUUCUAAAUAAUCGAUUUAUUAUUAUUAUUAUUAUUAUUAUUAUUUGUAAAUUGGCAGCAGAUGUGGGAAUGGUUUUGCCUAUACUGUUUUUGGAUUGGGAUUCUUAUUUUAGUGGUCAAUGCCAUUAAUUUCAGCAUACCUUUUUCGUGAUUUUGAAAAAUGAACGAGGACAGUGCUUUGCUGUU